AUGAAGAAUUCCAAUAGCUCUGUGGGGUUCUUACCUACAACAUUCAUUUUGGUUGGCAUCCCAGGGCUGGAGACAAAGCACAUCUGGAUAUCUGUCCCCUUCUGCCUGAUGUACAUCAUCAUCUUCCUUGGGAAUGGCACCAUUCUUCAUGUCAUCAGAACAGACACUUCUCUGCAUCAGCCCAUGUAUCUCUUUCUUGCCAUGCUGGCAUUGGCUGAGGUUGGUGUCUCUGCCUCUACUCUACCAACAGUACUAGGUAUCUUCCUUUUUGAUAUUUCUGAGAUUACCUUUGAAGCAUGUCUUCUCCAAAUGUUUUUCAUCCAUUCUUUCUCCAUUAUGGAGUCAGCUGUGUUGUUAGCCAUGUCUGUAGACCGCUUUGUGGCCAUCUACAGCCCACUGCGUUAUACAACUAUCUUGACACUGUCUCGAAUCUUUGGCACAGGAGCUGUCAUUGGACUGAAGAGUGUUAUACUAAUGGCCCCAUUGCCUAUACUGUUACAGAGACUGCCCUUCUGUGGUCACAAUGCCCUCUCUCAUUCCUAUUGCCUCCAUCCCAACCUUAUCCAUUUACCUUGUGGGGACAUUUCUAUCAACAAUAUCUAUGGACUUUUCAUUGUUACUGCCACUUUUGGGCUGGAUUCAUUGCUCAUUGUGGUGUCCUAUGGGCUUAUACUCCAUACUGUACUGGGCAUUGCCACAGGAGAAGGGCGGAAGAAAGCACUCAACACAUGUGGCUCCCAUGUCUGUGCUGUGCUUGCUUAUUAUGUACCUAUGAUUGGCUUGUCUAUGGUACAUCGCUUUGCACAUCAUGUGUCACCUCUGCUGCAAACCAUGAUGGCCAAUGCUUACCUUUUCUUCCCCCCUGUCAUCAAUCCCAUUGUCUACAGCAUUAAGACUAAGGAGAUCCGCCGUGGCAUCAUCAGAAUGCUGUCAGAGAAGAGGCUCAGAGUUUAGUGGAAGAUGUUAAAAGGGGGGAUGUUUAGUUGGUUUCUAUACUCACAGGUCAUCCCAGUUUAUGUUCUAUAACUGAUGUAAGCCUAAAAUACAAUGUCUAGGAUCUGUGGAGUUGCUCAGUGGUAAAGAGUGCAUACUGCUCUCAUAUAGAAACCAUGUUCUGUUUCCAGCACCCACAUUGGGCAAUUCAG